UGCUGCCUCCAAGUCCCCACCAAAGUGUCCUUCAGCAAAAAAUCUCCAGGGCUGCUUGUUUCUAUGUUUGGACCAUAUUGUUGGGGCCAGGAAACAAGAGUUUCCCCAUGUGGAUAUUACUAAUUUGUGUUGAAUAAGUAAUUAAUGGACUGCAUUUACAAAGCCAGAGGACACUUUGUCAUGUGGACAGGGGGAGUCUGGGAUCGAACCACCAACCCUGAUUAGAGGAUAACCUCUAACCCCUGAGCCUCAGACGCCCCACAAUAAAUAAUAAAAAGUAAACAUUAUUUCAAAGCAGUCCAACCAAGUCUUGCCUCUCACAUGUAUGAUUUAUUAAUAUUUCAUAUCCCACUUUAAAUGUAUGUUUUAUGCAGAUGAUGUAUAAUUUGUUGUUACUAAAGGACAAGAAAAUAUUUAUACUAGUGGUACUGUCUAGUCUUUUCUUAGAGGCGGAACACAGUAGAGAAAUGCUCUUCCACUUACUGAUGAUUUAUUUUACAUAGCAAAUCUUCCCACAGUAUGAUCAGUCCCAUAUUUUCACCUCUUUGUGGUGCUUUGAAUAAACACAAAUGCUUUUAGGAAUAACCACCUUUUAAAUUAAACGAGUAGACAAGACAGGGCACAGUUAAAUGCUCUUGUCGUUCAGCUCAAAAUGCAUUAAAGGUUCCAGUGUCAUGUGUCGUGGAUGCAUCGCGCGGUACUGGAGACAUCCUGGUGGUGGCGCUAUGCUGACACGCGAGCGCAAGGUCACACGGUGUACCAUUCUGCUGUCUGCGCUCCACAAACGCUGCAGCUGCCUCCGUCCUCCUCCCCACACACACUCCACACUGUCGCACAGCCAUGGCCGACAGCGCAAGCGAGAGUGACACCGACGGAGCGGGCAGCAGCUCGGCCACCCCGAUGUCCUCCUCCGCUUCAAAUUCGGGGAAACCGAGCGUAGUCAUUUCACAGUUUCGCCUGGAGGAACUGACGAACCGCCUGGCCUCCUUACAGCAAGAGAAUAAAGUUCUUAAAAUUGAGCUGGAGACGUUCAAACUCAAGUGCAAAGCCCUGCAGGAGGAGAAUCGGGACCUCCGCAAAGCUAGCGUCACCAUUCAAGCAAGAGCGGAGCAAGAGGAGGAAUUUAUCAGCAACACCUUGUUCAAGAAGAUCCAGGCCCUCCAGAAGGAGAAGGAGACUUUGGCGGUCAACUAUGAGAAGGAGGAGGAAUUUCUCACCAAUGAACUGUCAAGGAAACUCAUGAAUCUCCAGCAUGAGAAGGCCGAGUUGGAGCAGCACUUGGAGCAAGAGCAGGAGUUCCAGGUCAACAAGCUCAUGAAAAAGAUCAAAAAGAUGGAGAAUGAAACCAUCUCAAAGCAGCUAACCCUGGAACAGUUGAGGCGGGAGAAGAUCGAUCUUGAGAACACAUUAGAGCAGGAACAAGAAGCCCUGGUCAACAGACUGUGGAAACGGAUGGACAAACUGGAGGCCGAGAAAAGAAUCCUUCAAGAGAAGUUGGACCAGCCAGUCUCAGCUCCUCCCUCCCCAAGAGACGUUUCAAUGGAGAUAGACUCGCCAGAGAACAUGAUGCGGCAUAUCCGUUUCCUGAAGAACGAGGUGGAGAGGCUGAAGAAAAGCUUGCGCACCACCGAGCUGCAACACACAGAGAAGCGAGCGCAGUACAUCGAGGAGGAGCGACACAUGCGGGAGGAGAACAUCCGGCUGCAAAGGAAGCUUCAGAGAGAGAUGGAGCGCAGGGAGGCGCUGUGCAGACAACUGUCAGAGAGCGAAUCCAGUCUGGAGAUGGACGAUGAGAGGUACUUCAACGAGAUGUCUGCACAGGGCUUGCGGGCGAGGACUGUGUCGAGCCCCAUCCCCUACAGCCCCUCCCCCAGCUCCAGCCGGCCCAUCUCUCCUGGUCUGUCGUAUGGCAGCCACACAGUUGGCUUCACUCCUCCAGCUACACUGUCCAGAGCGGCCAUCUCCCACUACAACACCCCCGCCCUGCACGUCCACGGGAGCUCCUCUCAUGCCGUAACCAGGCCCUCGCCACGAAGAAGCACCAGUCCUGACAAAUUCAAACGUCCAACGCCCCCGCCCUCCCCCAACACACACUCAGGGGCCCAGCAGGCUCCGCCUCCGCUCCCCCCACCAGCUCAGCCCAUGGUGCAGUCCAUGUCCUCCCCGGCAGCUAUGUCGCAGCACGCAGCACAGCAGCCUCCCUCCCAGCCUUAACGUACCACGCCGUCUCUUGUCUUUAAGCGUGAGCGCGCCUGCUGAUUGCCACGAUGCUACCGCAAACAGCCGCUUCCAUCAUUACCAGCUCCGGAAGUCAAGUUUCUUACUCUUUACCAACUCCACAAAAGAAGCAGCUUCAAAUGUCUUAGAGGGGAAAAGAAACAAGACUGGCGGCUCACCCUCAGUGAAGCCGGCCGUCUGCCAAAUCAACCCCAACUAUUAAAAGGAAUGGAUGGACUGAAAAAUAAUCACUUCUGGGGAUUUGUAGGCCAAUUAUCUGUUCCACAGUCCGUCUUGUACAUGAUGUUUUUUUGUUUUCUUUGCCUGGGACAUUAGCUGGUUGAAAAUUUAUGUUGUGGCGCUUCUGAGAUAGCACAAACCGCACAAAGUAUGUUUCAUGGUGGUGUUUUCCGAUAGGUUGGAUGUUUGAAUCAACGGAUUGAUUGAUGUAUGGCUAGAGAAGUGGAUGAACUGAUGGAUGUGGUUGAUUCUUUUAAUGCCUAUAAUAUGACACUCGAUUGCAGUAAUGUACUCCACUCCAGCCCCCCCCCCUCUCCCCCUUUUUGUCUCUCUGCAACAGUGUCGACAAGUCACCCGACCCCGAGCUUAACGCAGCUUCGACUAGGUUAACGAGAGGCGUCGUAGAAACCUCGCUUGGACUUUCUCCAUUAGAGGGCAUUGAUCAAACCGAGCUCGUGCCAGUUAUUUAGUUUCUGAAAGCAUUUCAGGCUCUGCUGCUCUUCAGUUAUAGUGAAAAGGAAAAAAAGGAUGGACACAGGUACAUAAACCACAGAUAAAUGUCGCCUUAUGAGGUGUUUAAAAAUGUAGUCUGAGGUGUUACAACUUAGUCAUGUACUCUCUCGCUCUCUUUUUGGUGUAUUUCUGAAAGCUUCUAUCAUCCAUGUGGAUAUUCCUCAUCAGAAAAAGAAAAAACUAAAAAAAACAUAACGCUCUUUACACUAAAUAUACAUACUGCUAAAACAUUCUAAGUGAAUGGUACUGGUGAACUAAAUUUCUAUGUAUGAUUAAAGCUCUUGAGAUGACGACCUCUGUUCUUACCUGUCGGUUCUAUGGAUAACACAUUUGCACAUUUGUGAGCAUAAGAGUGAAACAUUGAUAAUCAAGCUUUGUAGACUUCACAACUGCUGAAAUGACCCUGUUCUCUAUGAUCUUAACAGGUGCACUGAUUCUGAAUUAGAUUGAUCUUUUCGUGUGUUUAGCUUCACUGGAAUGUUUCCUUCAUGAGGUCCCACCAAACUCCAAAACGUCCAUGUUUUAUCGUCGUCUUACUACCAUAUGUUAUGACCUGAAAUAAUAGACUGCCAUAGUUCUUAUUACAUAAGUAAUCCCCUGGCUUUUCUCCCAGGGCAGCCAUGAGGUUGACAUUGAUCCUUUGGGAAUUAUGAAAAUUUGGUUGAGACACUCAUGGUCCCCAGAGGAUGAAUUGUAAUAACUUUGAUCCCCUGACAUUUCAUCUAUAGCACCUUCAUCAGGUCAGAUAUUCUUCUUGUCUGAAACUUUAGUUAAUGACCGUGUACUUGCAAGACUAACGGCAUUCCCGUCAGCCUCGGUGACGAGCUUAAAGCUGCAGCCAGAGUUUGGGACUGACCAGCAGUACUUUUGGCAUUUUGGGAUUUUGAGUCCCUUGUUCUUUAGUGUUUAACUAAAUCUAGAAAAAUAACUUAAUACUCAAAUUACUAAUUUUCUUCAAGAGCAAACCAAAACUAAAUUUUUUAAAAACUACUCACGGUGGGGUAUUAAAGUUAUGUAGUGCAGUAAAAGACAACAGAUACGACUGGACGUUACUGUUUGGAGGUAAGAAGCUUUUGUGUUUCUGCUUUGGCCAAAUCUAAAUGCUACCGAGUAGUGUACACACACUACUUAGUAGCAUUGAAUGUGUGUACACUACCUUCCCACAUAUUAACUUGUGUCUGUAUAUAAUGAAUAAAUACAGAAAGUGUAUUUCACUCUGCA